GUGAUUAGAUCAAAAUGGCGGCAGGGACACAAGGCUUGGAAAUGCGACUUGUUGCAGUUGUAUUGACAUGCCUUAUCGCUUGUACUUUGGGUUUGAACCACAGUUUUACCGUUGAUUACAACAAUGCUACAUUUCUUCAAGAUGGCAAGCCCUUUCGCUAUAUCUCAGGGAGUCUGCACUACUCUCGAGUACAUCCAUAUUACUGGAAAGACAGAUUGACAAAGAUGAGGGUAUCGGGACUAAAUACUGUACAGACUUAUGUCCCCUGGAACAUUCACGAGCCAACCCCUGGGAAGUACCAGUGGACUGGUCUCGCUGACCUGGAGACCUUCCUGAAGUUGGCACAGGAAGGGGGGCUAAAUGUCCUCCUCCGCUUGGGGCCCUACAUCUGUGGAGAGUGGGAGUUUGGAGGUUUCCCGGCCUGGCUGUUGACCAAGAACCCAGACAUGGUGCUUCGAACCAGUGAUCCAUCCUACAUUGCCGAAGUGGAUAGAUGGUAUAGUGUGCUGCUGCCCAAGAUCAAACCAUUCCUGUAUGAAAAUGGGGGUCCUGUUAUAAUGGUGCAGAUUGAAAAUGAGUAUGGCAGUUACUUUGCCUGUGAUUAUGACUACGUCCGUUUUCUGUACAACAAAGUGCGAUCGGUUCUGGGCAAGACAGUUGUUAUCUAUACCACCGACGGUGAUGGAGACAGCUACCUCAAGUGUGGCGCCAUCUCUGGCGCCUACGCAACUGUUGACUUUGGUGUAUCAUAUACACCUGCCAAGAACUUUGCUGCACAGAGAGACUAUGAGCCAAAUGGACCAGCGGUGAACUCCGAGUUCUACACUGGCUGGCUGGAUCACUGGGGUUCCCCUCACUCAACAACAGACAUGAGAUCAGUGGCCAAGAGUCUGGACCUGCUCCUGGACUAUGGUGCCAACAUCAACAUGUACAUGUUUGAAGGAGGCACCAACUUUGCUUACUGGAAUGGUGCCAAUGCCCCUCCUUACCAGCCUGUACCAACCAGCUAUGACUAUGACUCCCCUCUUAAUGAGACCGGCGACAUCACAGAAAAAUACAUUGCCAUAAGGCAGGUCAUAUCAAAGUAUAACCCUCUACCACCUGAGCCGAUCCCCCAAAACACUCCAAAGUGUCCGUAUGGAAAUGUGCAGAUGGAUUUUAUGACAACAAUUCAAGGAUCUCUUCAAACAACAAGCCCUGGUGGACCGAUCAAAUCUCGCUUUCCUCUCACCAUGGAACAGAUUAAGUUUUAUUAUGGUUUCAUCCUGUAUCGCCACGUCUUGAAGAGCAACUUGACACUCCCAACACCACUCGUGACUAACGGAACACGAGACCGAGGUUACGUCAUGGUCAAUGAGGUACCCAUGGGUAUCUUUAACCGGGACCUGACAUGGCAGGUGAACAUCACUGGGGCUGCUGGCCAGUACCUAGACAUUCUGGUGGAGAACCAGGGCCGCAUAGGAUUCAGUACACUCAUGAACUACAACCUGAAGGGCCUGACGAAAAAUGUAACCUUGAAUGGAAGCAUUUUGGAAGACUGGGAGGUUUACCCAAUAACACUUGAGAAUAUUCGUACUCUGCCCACUUUACCAGACAGUACAGGGCUGGUCCCAAGAAAUCAGCGUCAGGUGACCUAGAGACUCCCUCCAUCUACAUGGGUAAAAUACCAGUGCCCAACAUGGCCGGUAUGCCACAAGACUCCUACCUGGACAUGAGGCCUUGGCAUAAGGGUCAAGCUUUGGUAAAUGGCUUCAAUCUGGGACGCUACUGGCCAGUUGAAGGGCCACAGGUUACACUGUACGUCCCGAAACCUGAGCUGGUGGCGCCCCCAGGGACUAACUCCCUUAUUAUGCUGGAACUGGAAAGUACUGGAUGUCAGGCAAACAGCAGCUGCACCAUCAAGUUUGUAGACAGCCCGUUUAUCAAUGAGACACCAAAGGGAUCCACCUUGUCAUCACGUGUGGUUCGGGAAAAUUUUGACUGGCACAAGUUUCAUUAAGGCAACAUUGUCAGCUGGUGUUACAAUGUGUAUGAUGUUUGCCAUCAUGUUUGUAUCACACUGUUACAGUUUGAUAUGCAAUAACAUUCCACUUACUUGCCUUUUAAAGUAGGGAUUUUGUAUCAGGUUCUUUUUUAACUUUAAAUGUGUUAAAUAUUCUCAUAAUAUUUUUGCUAUCCUUCUAUAUUGACCUCAAGAAACCAGAGACAAUAUACUUUAUUGUUCAGCAAGAUUAUUUUACACUUUAUAUUAUAUAUGGAAUUGCAAGUUGACAAGGCAGUGUAAACUAUAAUGUUUACAAUGUAUUUUUACAUACAUAAUUGAGUGACUAGUCAAACUCAAGUGACACUGUUAGGGAGAUGUGACUCACAUUGCUCGUUAGUCUUUUAAAACUCCUGGUAUUUAGGCCACUGUUACUGUGAUAUUUCUCUGCAGUAUGUGAUGAGCAUCACUGAUGUCAGUCAAUGUCAAGACUCACUGGUACCAUAUGAUGUGAUGACGAUAGCCUCUGUAGUAUUACCAUGAUGAAAGAAGAUAGUGAAUAUAUUUAUUGUGUUUAUUUUUCAUGAUUGUUUGUGUGUUGAUGCUGUGAUUAAAGCCAUAAAUCUCA